GCCCGCGUGUGAUUGGCUCAAUUCGCGUCAUGGCGGGCGAAGAGCACGUGGAAAUUGUGGAAAACGGUGAAAAUCAUCAAAAAACAAAUAAAAGAAAACGUGAAUCGUCCGUUUUGGACAAUUUCACCAAAUUAACAAACGGGCAAGAGAAAGUGCGGGUUAAAGCCGGCAUUGAUUUAAUCCGGCAUUUAACAAGUGACAAAAACGGGGAACAAAGUAACGAUGAGUUGAAAUACGCACUAGGGCGUUUGAUACGUGGCCUCGGCUCGUCUAAAAUUCACGCAAAAACUGGCUUUUUUGCCGCUUUGGUUGCCUUACUUAACCUUAAAACUAUCACGAUUGAGGAGAUUUUCACACACGUGGAGAAGGAAUUGCACAAAGGGGGCAGCAACAGUAAAAGUGAAAAUGCCGAUAUUUGUUCAGGACAGAUUUUGCUCUGUGGGGCUAUUCUUAGGUCUAAUUUGUACGAAAGCUGUGACGAAAAAGAAAAAAUUAAAGUUUUGGAAAUGUUGCUCAAGGCCGGGAAAGAAAGAUCAUACUUGAAUCUAGCCUCCUGUAAAUUUUUGACCGAUUUAUUUCAGCAGGUUGAGCAAAAAGAAUUCGAAACCGUGAUUUUUCCACUCAUUAAAAACGAUUUAGCGAAACCGUGGCAAGACCAAAACUUGGACUCACUUUUUUUGUUUCUACAAAUACAAAAUCAUUUUCCCGGCUUUUUACAUGCGAAAUUCUUGAAAAAUAAUUUAGGGACCGAAGAAUUAAUUUGUAGCGAAAGUUUGUACGACUUGGCCCUGACUUUGACUUCUAUUCCACGAGUAUCGUCCUUAAAUCACCCAAUCUUUGACUUGUUUAUCAAAACCUUAUCACAGACAGACUUAACAGUUAGUUUUUUCAACGAAUUAGAUCGCACCUUGAUUAGGCAAAACCGUAACAAAUUUUUCGUCGCAACUAAACUCUUGACCGGAAUUUUGGACGAACUUAACGAUUUUUCCCUAAUUCCCGAACUUUUGACACGAAAUUACCUCCAACAAUUGCUAAGCACUUACAAGACGGCUGUUGGAAAACAAAAAGAUAAAGAAUUCCAAAAUCUGACCCAAAAAUUAUUCGAAACACUCGUCAGUUGUUUGAAAAAAGACGGAGUCAAGUCGAAGAUAAAAAUCAAAGUUUUGAAGACACUUUUGUUCUUCCCUGGGACGUUUAUUUUUGAAAAAGUCACCAGAAGCAAACUUGUACAAAACAUAACAGCAACCUUGAACACCGAAGGUGUUAAAAAAUUGGCUGGAAUUUACCGGGACGUAAUUUUAGCCACAAACGAUAAAGUUAUUAAUGAAAAUUCGACGGAAAAGUGGUGGAAUGUUGAUAGGAUUUAUGCGUCUCAUUUAUUGGUCAAAUUAUUAAAUCACCCCUCCAUGCACGAAAACAACGACUGGAAGGUCGACCAAUUAGUUUUUCUAAUGAAAUUGGGGCUUUUGAAGGACGAUAACAUCGGUAACGACUUGGCCGACUCGUUUAGAGAAACCUUCUACUCGUCACUUGAUUUAAAAUUAUCAAAACUGGACGAUUUGAGGCAAAUUUUAAGCAAAAUCGCCCAAGAGUUUGACGCACUCGCUACGCUCGUACGUCAACCGUUGAGUGACGAAACGGCCGAAAUGUGGCAACGCACGCUUGACGUAGCCACGAAAUUGCAAAACUCAUCGAAGAAGAAAAAUUCGGUCUUUCACACACUCUUUCUCCAUCUUGGGCUUCAAUUGUUCAAUGGUAAUAACGCGAAGUUGGCGUCUGAUUCGCUCCAAGAGCUUAUCAUUUGUUACGAUAAAACGAAAAAAAAGAGCGUCGAUGAAAGCGAGCUGGCUUGGAUCGAAGUCGUUGUUGAUUUAUUCCUAAAUUUGUUAUCGCACAAUUCGCAUUUGUUGCGCAGUGUGAUAAGUUGUGUCUUUCCGCACUUGUGUAAAUACAUGACUGGGAGCGCGAUUCACCAGAUUUUGGGCGUUUUGGAUCCGAAAAGUGAUUCGAAUCCGUUGAGUCGAAUCGAUGAGAGUAGUAGCGACGAAGAGGUGGAGGAGGAGGAGGAAGAUGAGGACGAAGAAGAGGAAGAAAUAAGUGACGAAGAAGAGGAAGAACCGGUUAAUGAUAAACUGCGAAUGGCGUUACAUCAAGCGUUGGGUGCAAGUGUUGAUUCGGAAGCCGAAAGUGUAGAUCUUGACGAUUUGGACGAUGAAGAAGGGGAAAAAUUAGACGAAGCUUUGAGCCAAGCAUUCAAGCAAUUUAAACCGAACUUGGGGAGGAGAAAAAAGCAGAAGAAGGACGAAGAAGCCUUGACUCAUUUCCGGAUUCGGGUUUUGGACUUGAUCGAGAUUUAUCUAAAUUCAAAUCCGACCAUGAUCCUCACUUUGGAGAUAAUGUUGCCUUUGCUCCAAUGUCUCGAGUUUUGCAUCAGAGACGACCACCAAAAGCCCCUCCAAGACAGGCUAAAAUCCUGUUUGAAGAAACUCUCUUCGUUGAAGAAAUUCGACGACUGUGAGGGCGUGAAUGAGGAGGUUUUGGUCGAACUGCUCAAAAGUCUCCUCGAGAAAGGGACGCGAAACGUAAUUAUCAUCCAAGAAAUGGCCGAAAAACUCGCCGAAUGCUGCAUUUUCGUAAUCAAUUGUUCCGAAUUUGUCCCUAAGAAGAAGAAGAUCAAAGCCGUGAUAAAGGACGGUCUUGAGGCGUUUUUCACGCGCCGUGAUUGCGUGAUUCCUUACGUCCUGUUCAAAAAUUUAGUCCAAACCAACUGGGAGGGGGUGCUGGACUUGGUGCCCCAAUUGUUCGGUUUUGUUUUCGCAAAUUCCAUUCGGCCCUUCCGUCGUGGUCAAGCCGUCGAGCUUUUGCGGCUUUUCUUCAGCAAUCAUCGAUUUUUCUCGACGCAUUGUGAACAAGUCAAGUCGAUUGAAGACCACACUAGGAAUUUUCUCCGUGAUUGUGUCGAUUUCUUCCGCGAGUUUUACGCGAAUCCGACUGAGAGGAAAGUGAAGGAGAAGUUUUUGGCGUCGCUGUUUGAGCUUUUGGCGCAAUUGAAGAGUUACGAGUUUGAGAGUUGGGCAGUUUUGGGUGAUGCGGUCAGGGAUUGUCGCUCGAUUUUAACGUUUUCGAAGGAUACGAAAGUUGCGUUCAAUAAAUUGUGCAGUAGUUUGAAGAUUUCCAAUGUUGUGGAAAUGAAGCAGAAGACGGUGAAGUUGAAUACGGUCGAGGAGUGUGAAAGUGAGGAGAAGGAGGAGAAGAGGAGGAAGAAGAAGUUGAGUAAGGAUAAGUUGAAGUUGAAGAAGGAGUCCAAGGAGUUGAGGUUGCAAAGCUUGUCGGAAGGGUUAAAGAGGAAGUUUGAGUGGGAGGAAGGUGAAGAAGAGGCGAAGAAAGCGAAAACUGAUGAUUUUUAAAUAAAUUAUUUUUGAAGAC